AUGCCUUCCAUCCGCAAUAUCCUCCACAAACGCGAGGACCUCACAACUAACACAUCCUCCCCUCGAGCACCUCCGCCACCACCCAUAAGAACCAUCCCCGCUUCCCCGUCACCUCCCGAAUUCACCUUCCUCCGCUCAGACACUUUUGGCGAAGAAGUCAUAUCGCCGCCGACCCACGCAGACGACCCUCCAUUCUCGCCAACCAGCAUCAGAUCCCACACAGACUCCCUCGACUCCCCCCGCGCCUCUACCAGCACAUCCCGCCGCAGUUUCCAACUCUUCACCCGCAACCGGGCCUCCCGCUCAGAGUCGCUCUCGAGUCCCUCUCCACCCCACCCUGAGCGCCGACUAUCAAAUCUGCUGCACCGCGAUUCCCGGCGCAGUCGCAGCGAUUCGCGCGACUCGUCGGUGAAUAUUCCACAAGAUUUGCCGCAGAUUGCAGAUGAUGUGGGCGGGGAUAAGCAGGAGCGGGAGGCGGCGUGGGAGAAGAGGGCUACUGUGCUUGCGCAGCAUCAUCCGCAAUUUGGGGGACUUGGGUCGCCGUUGCAGUCUGAAAUGGAUCUCUCGGGGCAGUGGGGUGGGCGAUCUAGGAGUUCCAGCCGGAGUCGGGCUGGAGAGUUGCAGGAUGAUACCAAUAUCCAGGAAGCGAUCCGACUACAUGAAUCAGGUGACCUAGAACGAUCCACCCAGAUGUUUGGUCAACUUGCGAAUCCCAAUGGUGCAAAUAAUCCUCUCAGUCAAGUUCUAUACGGACUUGCGCUUCGACACGGCUGGGGUUGCACCAAAGACGAAGCGCAAGCCGUAACCUACCUCUCCGCCGCAGCAUCAAACUCAGCAGCCAUCGAAGCCGAGGCUCUACGUGCCGGUAUUAAAAAAGGUGGAGCCGCCAAAGGAGAGCUCGUGCUUGCUAUUUUUGAGCUGGCAAACUGCUUCCGCAACGGCUGGGGUGUAGCGAAAGAUCCCGCUGCUGCAAGGCAAUACUAUGAAACUGCAGCGAACCUUGGUGAUACCGAUGCUAUGAAUGAGGUUGCUUGGUGUUAUCUUGAGGGAUUUGGUGGGAAGAAGGAGAAGUUCAAGGCGGCCAAGUAUUACCGACUGGCCGAGGAGAGUGGUUGUCCCACUGUGGGUAACUCAUGGAUCUGGAAAGAGAAAUACAACCCGAAAUAA